AUGACUUCCCAAGAUCUGGCAAGUACUGAAGCGCAUCUCUUCUCAGCUGCAGUGAACAACAGCUCUUUACUCUCCAAGUUGUUGAAGGAAAAAGUGCUAUGAUCAGAAGGACCUACUUUCAAUUCCAGCUAUAAGAAAGGCAGCAGAAACCUACCUGCUUAUACAUUUGCUAAGCUCCCCUCAACCUUAAUGUUUAGACUGCAUCAUUACGAGUACUUGCUGCAUGCUUCGUCAUUAAUGAAUUUUAUGGUGAGUUUUUUUCAAUUUUCUCGCAUUUUCAAGGGCGUGCAGUCAAAAAAUCUGGUUGAGGCACAAUGAAAUAAGGCAAAAAAUUCUGCAGAAAUUAAAAUUGAAAUAUAG